AUGCCCUUUAGUGACGCCGAGUUGUCUGAUGCCAAUCCUCAAUUCGGCCGUGACGUGCAAAGCUCAAAUUCACCGAAACAAUCUCAUGCUUUAUCUCCCUCCUCCGAUAUAGAGAUUCUUGACCUUGGGCUUGACCCCACAACCCUCCUGACCGCUAAUAUUCUCCACCGACCCUCCUCCCUCAAACAGCUUUGUGACCAUAUCGACAUACUCAAAGGCGAGCUAGUGUCAGAGGACCCCCCUAGAUCACAAUACCUUCUAGUGCGGCAGGUCCCCAACCAUCUUUUUUCGGUCCUUGUUAAGGACGGUGACGACAGUGAAUUUCCAAAAGGGGUGCGCGCAACGGUUCUUUAUAACAAGCACCAGAUCCUCUAUAGGAUCAUGGUGGGCCACUACCACGAGAAGAUCAUCCGUCAGUUUGAUACCUGGAUUAACCUUACUCUGGGUCAUAUGGGGUUGAGCUUUGUGGACUAUGACUUUUGGCUUGGAGGGGCUGGACGGUCCGAUGGUCGCAUGUGCAGUAAGGAGGGAGAUACCACGUUUUUCCCUGGAAGGGAACCGGCCGCCGGGGCACCGAUGCCAUGGCCGUCUCUUGUUCUAGAGGUCGGUAUAUCCGAGUCCGUCCCUCAGCUACGGACGGAUGCCCGCUGGUGGUACUCUAACUCGAAUCACCAAACAAAGCUUGUUGUCAUCAUCUCCGCUAAACCAAACUCUCGCGAUGCGGACAUCGAGAUCUGGACGGAAGUCGUCAACCAAAGUGUUGUGCCUACCACUAGGGGCCGCGAGACUCACGUCUUGGAGUGCACUAGGUCGGCUACGCUUAGGGAUGGGGUGGUGUCUGGUAAUGUACUGAUAAUCGACUUCCAGACUUUGAUGGGGCGGCCACCACAGAACCCGCAAGAAACGGACUUGCAGCUAACUCCGCGUUGGAUCCAGCGGAUGUGUGAAUAG